AGGUUCCUCUUGAGGUGAACAAUCUUUGAGUUUGGUUCUGCUUUGCACCAACCGUCCCAGGGGACCGUCUGAGGUUGCCUUCAGUGCCGUUGAAGAAGGGAGGGGAAGCAAGCCAACACAGCCCCGCGAGGAAGGCGCCGAUGGCCAGCAACAACAACACCAGCAUAGCGCAAGCCAGGAAACUGGUAAAACAGCUCAAAAUGGAGGCAAACAUCGACAGAAUAAAGGUCUCCAAAGCAGCGGCAGACUUGAUGGCGUAUUGUGAAGCCCACGCCAAAGAGGACCCGUUAUUGACUCCUGUUCCUGCUUCAGAAAACCCCUUUAGAGAGAAGAAGUUAUUCUGUGCCAUUCUGUAAACCUCGCAGGAGCCUGAUUCCAACUUGGGCCAUCCUGGACACUGAU